GUCAAAUUCUAUAUUCUUUUUUUGUUCUUGUUGGCUUUCUUGCUUGCGUUAGAUGGUUAGAUGAAAUUUCCAAAUUAUCAGAAAAAGCCUAAUAUUUUUUUUGAUUUUUUCAUAAUAACCGUGAAUUUGAUUUAAAAACUAUGACAACAUUUGAUUCAAAGUAUGACAUGUUUCCUUCUGGUGAUGUGGGAGUGGUGGAAGGAGAAAUGAACUUUCCAAAUCAAAAUCAGACACCCGGUGAUCCUAUGGAAUUUAAUACAUUGGAUGAACCAAUUAAGGAAACCUUUCUACGAGACCUCAGAGCUGUGGGCAACAAAUUUUAUCAUGUACUUGUACCUAGAGAAAAGUCCAGUUUGCUAAAAGAAUGGGACUUAUGGGGACCACUUCUCCUCUGCACACUUAUGGCUACCAUCCUCCAAGGAUCAAAAGACCGAGGUGGCACCAAUGGUGAUGGAGGACCUGAAUUUGCUGAAGUGUUUGUUCUAGUCUGGAUAGGCGCAGCUGUAGUUACAUUGAAUUGCAAACUGCUUGGUGGGAAUAUUUCGUUCUUCCAGUCCGUAUGCGUGCUGGGCUACUGUUUGUUUCCGAUCGCGCUUGCGCUGGUGGUGUGCCGCGUUAUUCUCUUCGCACCGCAGACUACCUUUCUUUUCUUCCUACGCCUCGUCAUAUCACUAAUAGGAUUCGCGUGGGCGACAUUUGCAUCAAUGAAAUUCCUAGGGGAUAGUCAACCGGAGGGCAAGAAGGCACUCGCUGUAUAUCCGAUAUGCCUUUUCUACUUCAUAUUGUCGUGGCUUGUUAUGUCACACACCAACGUGUAGGCAACAACUAGUGUAAUGUCAUUGUGAUAUGGACUUUAAGGUAAUUUGUGAAUAUUAUUAUAUUAUUAAAUAUUUAAGUAUGAACAUUUUCGACUUGCAAGCGUAUUAGUUCUAUAUUUAUUGUAAUGAAUUUUCGAUCCGUCAUUGUAUCGUCGUUUCUAUGAUUGUUAUUAGUAUUAUAAGUGACGAUGGAACCUUCGAAUUAGUUGACCCUUAUUGAGUAUAUAAUAAAGAAUAUUCUCGAAGUUUCCAUUAUUAGUUCUGCGGCACGAGUGAGCAUUCCAGUCCCAAAUGAUUUUAUUAUAACUGAAUCAUAGGUUAUGUAAAAACACGGUUUUGUAUAUAAAAUAAUCAAUAAUGAUAAUUAAAAAAAAAGAUAUUUUUCCGUCUGUUU